UCAACCUUUCAUUAAUUAGACCACAAAUCCACCACGCUUUCCGUAAGCCAGCAGUAGCUUCAACAGCUAGUAUAAUAUACAGGGUUAGGAUCCCUUGUGGUGGACUCAAUGAGGUGUGUACGCGGUAAGAUACAACAGUGUUCAAUUCAUCUACUACAAGGGAAUGGCCAUUAUGGAGAAGAAACAAACCAUAGACAUAAAGGCGGCCGAUUCUUGACCUUCCAUUUUGGUCUAUAUAUAUGAAAUGGUCGCUUCCAUGUGCUCCUAUCUGUGAAGCAGAAGGCAUAUAGGAGCUCGUCCUGGCCUGGCUUCCUGUGUUAGGAAUUUGCUUGAUUAGUCUUUCUCCUUAGAGGAGGAGAGGAGAGAGAAAGAGAAAGAGAGAUGGGGAAAGGAGAGGGGGAUGAGGGGUGCGGUGGAAAGAAAGGGAGGUCUUCCUCCUCCUCCUCCUCCUCCAUGUCCUCCUUUUGGACAAUAUUCAUGCAUGCCGACGCGACGGAUGUGAUGCUGAUGACGAUGGGGUUCAUCGGCGCCGUCGGCGAUGGGCUGUCGAUGCCCACCAUGCUCUAUAUGACGAGCAAGAUCUUCAAUAACUUCGGGAACGGACCUUCGGCUUUGUCUGUUUUCACCGACACCAUCGACAAGAGUGCGGUUUACUUGCUGUUCUUGGCGUGCGGAAGCUUCGUGGUGUCGUUCUUGGAGGGAUAUUGCUGGACGAGGACAGGCGAGCGUCAAGCGUCGCGGAUGCGAGCGCGGUACCUGAGAGCAGUGCUGAGGCAGGACAUAGCGUACUUCGAUCUCAACGCUGGGUCGGGCACCGAGGUCAUCACCAGCGUCUCCAGCGACAGCCUGGUCGUCCAAGACGUGCUCAGCGAGAAGGUGCCCAACUUCAUCAUGAACGGAGCCACAUUUUUGGGCAGCUACGUGGUCGGAUUCUUUUUGAUAUGGAGGCUGGCUCUGGUGGCCUGCCCCACGGUGGUGCUCCUCAUCAUACCCGGCCUCAUGUACGGGAGGAUCCUCAUGGGCCUGGCGAGAAAGAUGAGGGAGCAGUACAACAAGGCCGGCACCGUCGUCGAGCAGUCCGUCUCCUCCAUCCGCACCGUCUAUUCCUUCGCGGCGGAGGACUUCACCAUGGCCAAAUUCUCCGCAGCGCUCGACGACUCUAUCAAGCUCGGCCUCAAGCAGGGCCUCGCCAAGGGGCUCGCCAUCGGGAGCAACGGCAUCACCUUCGCCAUCUGGGCCUUCAUGGUCUGGUACGGCAGCCGCCUCGUCAUGUACCAAGGCGAAAAGGGCGGCACCGUGUUCGCCGUCGGAGCCUCCAUCAUCGUUGGCGGCCUGUCGCUCGGGUCGGGCCUUUCGAACGUGAAGUACUUCUCGGAGGCGAGCUCAGCUGGAGAGCGAAUAAUGGCCGUGAUAAGAAGAGUUCCGACGAUCGAUUCGGGGAGCACGGAGGGCGAGGUGUUGGAGAGCGUAUCGGGGGACGUAGAAUUCAGGAGGGUGGAAUUCGCGUAUCCAUCACGGCCGGAUAACUUUAUAUUUAGGGACUUCAACCUGAAGGUGCCGGCGGGGAAGACGGUGGCGCUGGUGGGCGGCAGCGGGUCUGGGAAGUCCACGGUGGUGGCGCUGCUGGAGCGGUUCUACGAUCCGCUCGGCGGCGAGAUUUUACUCGACGGGGUGGACAUCAGGAAGCUACAGCUCAAGUGGCUGAGGUCACGGAUGGGAUUGGUGAGCCAGGAGCCAGCUUUGUUCGCCACCUCCAUCAAGGAGAACAUACUCUUCGGGAAGGAAGACGCCACCAUGGAUGAGGUGGUGGCUGCAGCCAAGGCAGCCAAUGCCCACAACUUCAUCUCUCAGCUGCCUCAAGGAUAUGACACUCAGGUAGGAGAAAGAGGGGUGCAGAUGUCCGGAGGCCAGAAGCAAAGGAUUGCCAUUGCGAGGGCUGUGUUGAAGUCGCCAAAGAUCCUUCUCCUUGACGAGGCCACCAGCGCGCUGGACUCGGAGUCGGAGCGGAUCGUCCAAGAAGCGCUCGACUUGGCGUCGGUCGGCCGGACUGCCAUCGUGAUCGCGCACCGGCUUUCCACCAUAAGAAACGCCGACGUGAUCACGGUGGUCCAGGAUGGGCAGGUGAUGGAGAUGGGUUCCCAUGAUGAGCUGAUCAGCAACGAGGACGGGCUCUACUCGUCGCUGGUCCGCCUGCAACAGACGGCGAGAGCUCGAGAGGUCGAAGGUGGGGCCUCCUCCUCCGCCGCCGCCGCCAUGACUGCUCUGACGGCGCACUCGCAGUUUGGCAGUAGCGGCAGCAUGAGCCGGAGGUUCUCGGCGGCCAGCAGGAGCAGCUCGGCGAGGUCUACCGGAACUCCGGCCACGGACGACGACGGCGAUCCGGAGCAGCCCAAACUCCCGGUGCCUUCGUUCCGGCGGCUGCUGAUGCUGAACGCGCCCGAGUGGAAGCAGGCACUGUUAGGGAGCCUCAGCGCGACAGUGUUCGGCGCGAUCCAGCCACUGUAUUCGUACGCGCUGGGAAGCAUGAUAUCCGUGUUCUUCUUGAAGGAUCACGACGAGAUAAAGUCGAAGACGAGGACAUACGCCUUCGUCUUCUUGGCGCUGUCUAUCUUCUCCCUCUUCAUCAACAUUGGGCAGCAUUACAACUUCGGCGCCAUGGGCGAGUACCUCACCAAGCGUCUGAGAGAAAGGAUGCUCUCCAAGACCCUCACCUUUGAGGUGGCGUGGUUCGACCAGGAUGAGAACUCCACGGGUGCAGUCUGCGCUCGGCUCGCCAAGGACGCCAACGUGGUAAGGUCGCUGGUGGGAGAUCGGAUGGCGUUGAUCAUCCAGACCGUGUCGGCGGUCGUGAUCGCGUGCACGAUGGGACUGGUCAUCGCAUGGAGACUGGCCCUGGUCAUGAUCGCGGUGCAGCCCAUCAUCAUCGUCUGCUUCUACGCCCGCCGCGUCCUCCUCAAGAGACUGUCGGCGAAGGCCAUCAAGUCGCAGUCGGAGAGCAGCAAGCUCGCGGCCGAGGCCGUCUCCAACCUCCGCACCAUCACCGCCUUCUCCUCGCAGGACCGCAUCCUCGGCAUGUUCGAGGCCGCCCAAGAAGGCCCCCGGCGCGAGAGCGUACGACAGUCGUGGUUCGCCGGCAUCGGCCUCGCCUCCUCCCAGAGCCUCAUGACCUGCACUUGGGCCCUCGACUUCUGGUACGGCGGCAAGCUCAUCGCCGACGGGUACAUCUCCGCCAAGUCCCUCUUCGAGACCUUCAUGAUUCUGGUGAGCACCGGCCGCGUCAUCGCGGACGCAGGCAGCAUGACGACGGACCUGGUGAAGGGCGCCGACGCAGUUGGAUCCGUGUUCGCGGUGCUCGACCGCUGCACCCGCAUCGAGCCCAACGACCCGGAGGGCCACCGCCCGGAGAAGCUGAACGGCGCAAUCGACAUCCGAGGGGUCGACUUUGCUUACCCUGCACGCCCUGACGUCGUCAUCUUCAAGGGCUUCUCCCUCAGCAUCGAAGCAGGCAAGUCGACGGCACUGGUAGGCCAGAGCGGGUCGGGGAAGUCCACCGUCAUCGGCCUCAUCGAGCGAUUCUACGAUCCGCUCAAGGGGUCGGUAAAGAUCGACGGGCGGGACAUCAAGUCCUACAAUCUCCGAUCGCUGAGGCGGCACAUCGGGAUGGUAGGACAGGAGCCGACGCUGUUCGCCGGGACCAUCCGGGAGAACAUCGCAUACGGGACGGAAGGGGCCAGCACGGCGGAGAUAGAAGCAGCGGCGAGGGCGGCGAACGCCCACGAUUUCAUCAGCUGCCUCAAGGACGGCUACGACACGUACUGCGGCGACCGUGGGGUGCAGCUCUCGGGCGGGCAGAAGCAGCGGAUCGCGAUCGCGAGGGCCAUAAUGAAGAACCCGGCGAUACUGUUGCUGGACGAGGCGACGAGCGCGCUUGACAGCCAGUCGGAGAAGGUGGUGCAGGAGGCGCUGGAGAGGCUGAUGGCAGAGAGGACGAGCGUGGUGGUGGCGCACAGGUUGAGCACCAUCAGGAACUGCGACCUCAUUGCGGUGUUGGACAAGGGGGUGGUGGUGGAGAAGGGCACCCACGCCGCGCUCCUCGCCAAGGGCCUUAAAGGCUCCUACUACGCCUUGGUGAGCUUGCAACAAGGCAACAAGGGGGCGUGAACGCGGCCAUGCAUCGCCUCUCAGCUGCCAAUUUUGCUCUCUCUCCCUCUCUCUCUCUCUCUUGCAUUUCUCCUGCAAGAGUCGGGCCACAUGAACCUACACAUCGUUCUCUUCUCACUUACCAUGUCUCUUCUUUUAUCUUCCUCGAAGUGUUGAUAGAUCGUAACAAUGUUGUUGUUUUGCACUUUAA